GCUCAGGCCCUAGUUACAGGCAUGAAGUGGUAGUAUUAGGAAGCCUUGCGGCUACCCCUGCUGCUAGUGGCUUGAUGACAUCUUGGUUCACGUCCUCUGCAGAGGAGUUACGCCGGCAGUUUGAACAGCUAGCGGGCGGCAAAGUUGACGACAAGUUUAUCUCAGAUGAUGUGGGCUUGGGCAGCCUGUUACAGCAGGGCCAGAAGGUGCUUCGAGCCACGGAGAGUGCCGCUGAGCAGGUGCAGCAUUCGGUGCAGCAGUCCGUGCAGCGCCUGGCAAGUGAGGCCGACGAAGGCCUGCAAAGCGUCCGGGGCUUUGCUGCGGCAGUCGGAUGGUCCGGGCAACGCGCAGCAGCAGACUUGCAGCGCAGCGACUUAGUGAGUCUGUACACCAGCGAGUUGGAGUCCUUAGGAAGCUUCGCUGAGCCGGAUGUCCGCAGUGAGGCUGCGCAAGUAGCCGCGGCUGCCCAGACCCUGUCCCUUUGGAACCAGCGGCUGCAGGGCGAUUUUGACAGUGAGGGCCAUCGCUUGGCGGCUCCGGGUCUGCGUGGGUUGAUCCACACGGAGUGCCUGCCCGUGGCGCUACGCACGUUGGCCGCAGGCCGGCGGCGGCGACCGCUCUUGGGCCGUGCCGCUGCUGUGGCGGCUGAGUGCGCAUCCAUCCGAUCCCAGAAGGAGUUGGAUGGCAAGGGCCCGGAGCAAAAGCCGGACUUGUCUGAAGCUGCUGUGGGGGAGCAGCUCGCACGCCUGAUGCUUAGAGCGUCCGAAGCUCCAGAGGCGCUCAUUGCGCAGCUCCUGGCCUUGCUGGCAGAGGCCGCCGAGGCUGCGGACAGAUGCGGAGGUGCGCUGGCGGAAGAAAAGAACCCUGCAGAGGAGGAUGUUGCUUGGGUGGUAAACCUGAUCCUUGCCACCUUGGCCGAGAAAGGAGAGGCCGAUGCCUUGGCCUCCCAGCGCCUCGAGAAGGCGCUUCUCAGCGCCUUGGAGAACUUUGCCAAGGCGUCUGAAGUGAGCGAAAGCAGUUCGAGCACUCCGCAGCACGUGGCUGCAUCUAGCAAAGCAGCCCCCUUUGCGGGCGGCGGCCGGCCAGACAUAGGUGGUGAUGUUUGGGCUUGCUGGCCCGUGGACGGUCAAUGGUAUCGGGCCCAAGUACGUGGCUUUGCACCUCGAGACAGGGUACGGGUGACUUGGUGUGCUCGCCCUCCGGGAGAUGAAAACAACGAAUAUGCUGAGCUGGGCGAGGACAGCGAGCUCUUCAACGAGCUGAGCAGUUCCUCAGUGAUGAGGGUCGACGCCAGCAUCCGCCGACCCUUGCCGGCUGUGCUCUCUCAGGCGCCAAACGAGGGCUUUUGGAACCAAAGUCUCCACAAGGUGGAGGCUCACAGCCGGAACUUCCAGCAUUUGCGGCACAUAGGAAAGCAGCUGGACUUCCACCUGGAUUGGGACAGCACCAUGUGCGGCGAGCACGAAGAGCAGACCUGGCGCUACGUACCAGAGGAUGGCUGUCAUAUUGACAUCCGAUCGGUGCCUUCAGUCUCCGGGCAUAGGACCAACGAGAGGCUCAUUAGCGGAGAAGUCUUCAAGGUGUCCGAGACUUUUGAGGGCUCGGAUGGCACCCUUUUCCUGAAGCUGGCGGAUGGUCGAGGAUGGGUCUUUGAAAGCAAAGCUGGGAUUGGCACCUUGUGUGUGCGCUGCCAGACAGACAGCGAGUCGGAGGGGCAUUCAGACGAUGUUAGCUGUCAAGAGAGGCCACCCUUAAGCGGUGCCGCGGAGACUUUGUCAGCCUGGCGGGUCGAGAUCGAGGAGAGGGCAGAGGCCUUGGGCAACGUGGCGGGGGACUGCGAGGAGGAAGUCAAGACCUUCAAGGCCCAGAUUUCGACCAGUACAGCGGCCAUGUCAACUGAACUAGAGGCACUGCACGCGGAGCAAGCCACCACCAGGGUGCGCGCAGACAACCUGCGCAUGCGCCGCGAGGAGUUGCUGGCGCAGCUGCUGGCAGUGGAGGAGGAGCUUUGCGAGGUGGAAUCUGCUGACAAGGCGCUUGACCACAGAGAGUCGCAGCUGAAGAACAGCAUGGCUCGGGUAUCUACAGAACUGGCGGAGCAACUCGAGUCCUCUCAGGAAACUGGGCUGGUGGCUGCUUGCAGGCAGCGCGUGCUGCAGGGAACAGUGGCCGCCUCCAAAGAGCUGGAGGAGCAGAUCGCGGAGCGUGCAGCAAGUGCCAUAGCAGCGCAUCACAGCCGCAAGAGGCUCGGCAGCCAGCAAAGAAAGGUUGGAUCCGCAGCUUUGGAAAGCGACCGGCUCAGGCACCAGGAGCUGCAGGAACUCCUCAGCAGCUGGCAGGAGCUGAUCUGGGGCCCCAGCAGCGGCGCGUUGGUUGCCAAUGCCGGAGCGGCCGCGUUGGUCACUGCGCACCUGCAAGCCGUGGGCCUGGUGGAGGAUGCCCAAAAGGACGCAGAAGAGAUUGCAGCUUCCAGUGGCGUUUAUGGCUUGGAAGGCUUCUGGAAGUCGGGUACCAGCUCGAAGACGGCGCUUAGCAGACAGAUGGGCCGGGCAUCCGCAGCGUACAAGCUGAUGCGCGAGCAGCUCUGUGAGAACUUGGCACGGCUCGGGGAGCUGCAGUGCUCCCGCCCCAAUUGCAGCUCCCGUUCAAGCAGUGGUUCCCUUUCGGGAGGUGGCGAGCAGCCCAAGGGCGUGCCUGAUCGAGGGGUUGAUGGCAUUUGAAAUGUCUUUUUCGCCUAGGCCUUGUGGCUAGAACAUUUUGCCACAUGUGCAACUAUCUUCGUUC